AGUGCAAUCAUUGUCUGUGUGCUCUCCUUGACGAGAAGAUGAAGCGGUUUGUGCUUGUAUUUCUCGCUUUUGGCACUGUGGAUGGUCUUGCAAUCACUCGCAGCCCUCAAUCGAUGCGGAACGCCACGAUAGGUGACAUAGUGUCGUUUGAGUGUCGACUGAACAGCAAGUCAGCGCAUCCCGGGUGGGGUAUAAAUGGUACGGACUACCAAAUAACGGAUCUCCCCCUUGGGUACAGCUAUAAAGAGGAAACUUUCACGAAGAGUCUCGUUGUCGGGCCGUUAGUGCGGUCAAUGAACAAUACAUGCUACUACUGCUACAUUAUAACUUUCGGGGGUCGUUACGAAAGCUCAAGAGCUUAUCUUGUCAUGGAAUACGACACUGGAUCUGACACUGCUAAUUCUAGUUCACGUAUUAGUGUGACUACAUUAUGGAAAUCAGAGGGAAUGGCCAUCUCUAACACAGCACGUUCAGCAGAUGUCGUCCCUCUCUUACCAACAAGGCCACAUAGAGCUUCCACAACAAAAGCUGGGGUCAUUGUAGCAGCUGCAGUUAUACUUCUUAGUAGCCUUCUGAUAAUUGCAGUUGCCCUUAUAAUCCGUAAGAAGAAAAAGAAAGGCAAGAACAGUCCUGAAACAAUGAAGCAACCAGGUAGGUGAUAAAUAAAGUUCACGAAAUUUAUGGUCUUAUUUUCCUUCUCAGUGUAUGAAGAAGUCAUAACAGUCACAGUAAAUCCUCUUGUGAAUGCUAACCCUGCAUAUUCAGGCCUCAUAGCUAUGAAAACUAGCAGUAACCUUGCGUAUGGAGUCUUCAGUGCCUAUAACUAAUGAUGACAAUGUAGCAACUAAAUAUUGUAUCCUAUAUUAAUG